AUGACUUUAUUAUAUAGAAUAUCUGGGUCGUUUGCCUUGAUGUCAUUCUUAGGUGCAUUGUUUGUUAUUGUAACCUUUGGAUUGUAUAAAGAUUUAAAGAGACACCCAACACAGAUGAUAUUCUACUUGUCUGUUUGUGACUUGGUGUUUAGUUUCAAUCGUGACUCCAUUGCCAAGUCAGGCGACGGCACGUGCUGGCUAAAGAAUCGUUCACUCAUCCGACUUACUUUCUUCAUUCCGUUGCUCACCUAUAUAGCGUUGUCAGUUGGUUCACUCAUUACUACCUUUAUCUACUCUCGCGGUACCUAUCACAGCUACGAUAAAGGCAGAAUGGGAAUGUUGAUUCGUAUGAGUUGUUACACUUUUAUCUUUAUCAUCUGUUGGCUGGGACCGUUGAUUCAUCGUGUCUAUCAAUGGAUUGAACAGGGCACAAAGAACAACAACAAUGAGGAACUAGACAACAGUUGGUUUAUGUAUUUCGAUGCGAUCGGUGUAUCGAUCCAAGGAUUCUUCAAUGCGAUGAUCUGGCUGACCAAUCCACAGUUCUUCAAUGCACUGAUAAAGAAUCUACAGAAACUGUUGCCUUCCUCCGAUAUCCUGAGUGACGAGACUAUACCGUUGUUCACAACACUUGCCGAUCAAUCGCAAGAUCCAAUUCAACUCGCCAAGAUACUCCGACAGAAUAUUAUCACUUGUUGUCUCAAGGGUAUUCAACUAUCGGUGCGAGACAACAACAACGCAGACGACAUUAUAUUAGACGAAAACAAACCAUCGACACAACAAACAGUAUACAAUGAAACCGAUCUUUUCAACCAAGAACUAAGUUCAACGCCUCAUUCCAAUGUUUUAAAGAAACAUAAAUUCAAGGAUUAUUCUCCUGCUAUCUUUGCAAAGAUUAGACAACUUCAAGGUAUUUCAAAUGAACAAUUUCUUGAAUCAUUUAAUUGUCAUAAAUUCUUUGAUAAGUUAUCUAAUCAAAAGUUUUCAGAGGGUAAGAGUGGAAGUUUCAUGUGCUUCACACCUGAUACCCAAUAUCUGAUAAAAACAAUCACCGCCGAUGAAAGUAGAUUGUUAAGAAAGUUAAUAAUACAUUUUUACAAGUAUUUCCAAACAAAUAAUCAAUCUUUUCUUACAAAGUUCUAUGGUUCAUAUAAAGUUGUUAUGCCAAAUGGACAUUUUGUAUAUCUAGCUAUUAUGUCUAACGUGUUUAGUAGUUCAUCGGUAAAGAUGACUGAACGUUAUGAUAUAAAGGGAUCUAGUAUCAAUAGAGGUGGAAAGUAUGAUUACAAUAGAUAUAAUACACUUGGUUUGGAUCUAGAUUUCAUCAAUGUUAGAAAGACUCUAUCAUUAUCAGCGAUCGAUAGAGAAACCUUGAUUAAACAGAUGGCCAAUGAUUCAGAGUUUUUGAAAUCACUCAAUAUCAUGGACUACAGUUUACUCAUUGGAAUCAAACCAAAGCACCAAACAUCACCUUCAACCACAUCAUCGACAAUCAACAACCUUUAUCAAACAGUAUCACCUUCACUCAUACCGAAACACAUUAGAUUUGAACUAGAUCAACAACAAAAUCAACAGAAUUCACCAUUAUCUUUAUCAUUACCAACAAUCUUAACAAAACACGAGAGUAAUGCUAAUAAUCCAGAUGAUAAUCAAAUGAAUAAUAAUAAUAAUGAAUACAUAGAUAUAGAUGAUAAUCAUAAUGAAUUAAUUAACAAUAGUAAUAGUAAUAGCAGCAAUAAUAAUAAUGGUAUUAUAGAUGUUUUACAGUUAUACGAUUUUGAAAAGAAGUCAGAGAGAUUCUUUAAAGUAUACUUUAUGAUGAAGAAUAGACAUGAAAUAUCGUCUGCACCUCCCGAGUUCUAUCAAGAGAGAUUUAUGAAGCGAAUCACACAAAUAGCAACCGAUGGAGGGCAUUUGGGUAAAAAUGGUUCAAAAUAUACAAUAGCGUUAUUAUCUAUCUAUGAAUUUGGGAAUAGAGGGGUUGGUAUAAUACUAUAUAUAUUUAAUAAUAAUUAA